AUGGAAGUGUUGUAUCUCGCUGAUGAUAUGGACGAUGCCAUCGACGACUUCAUCCACAGCAUGGAGAGUUGGAAGAAGGCUAAUGGGUGCUCCCGCUCCAUAGAGGCCAACACCCAGACAAGCCCUUUCCAAGAUCUGAAGAAAAGAGCCAUUGAUGUGUCUGAGCAGUUCCACAACAAGUGGAAGACCAAAGCUACGUGCAGUUUAUUUUCAAGGAAAAAUUCCGUCUCAGGCACCAGCAAGCCGAAGCCCCGGGCUCCCUUUGUCCUCGCCGAUAAGUCACAACUUGUUGGUAUGGACGUGCCAAGGGAUAGGCUCGUCAAACACCUGGUAGGAGGAGAGGAGAGCACACAUAUCAAAAUGGCAUCCAUUGUUGGAAUGGCCGGCAUGGGGAAAACAACCCUUGCCCGCCUUGUGUACGAGGCGAUUGAAAACAAGUUCCAGGCCUGGGCUUUUGUGUCAGUCAAUCCAGGAGGUAACAUCAAGGAUGUUCUCACAAGUAUUCUCCAACAAGUGGGAGCUGUACUGCCCUCUCGCGCCCGUACAGAGAAGUGCCUCAUCAACACCAUAUCAGAGUUCCUCAAGGAGAAAAGAUGA